AUGGCAGAGAGCUCACGCACGAUCGCAAAGACAGACCCCGACGCGGCCGUGAUCCACGUCGACCCCGCGCGCGUGCUGGCGGAUAUCGACGACAAGAUCUACUGCGGAUUUCUCGAGCACCUCGGCCGCUGCAUCUACGGCGGCAUCGUCGACUACGACUGCAAGAUCCCCGGGCUGACGAACGACAAGGGCUUCCGUCUCGAUGUCGCGGACGCGAUCAAGGACCUGCGCAUGCCGAUGAUUCGGUAUCCCGGCGGGAACUUUGUGUCUGCCUAUCACUGGAUGGACGGCGUGGGCCCGAAAGAGAACAGGCCGGUCAGACCUGAGCUGGCGUGGCGGGGCCGCGAGCCGAAUCUGUUUGGCACGGACGAGUUCAUGGAGUGGUGCGAGUUCAUGAACGUCGAGCCCUACCUGUGCUUCAACAUGGGCACCGGCACGCUCGACGAAGCGCUCGCGUGGCUCGAGUACUGCAACUCGGACGACGACACGUACUACGCGAACCUGCGGCGCAAGAACGGGCACGACAAGCCGUACAAUGUAAAGUACUGGGGUCUCGGCAACGAAGUGUGGAACGCGUGGGUCGUCGGCCAGAUGACGGCUGAGGACUACGCAAAAAAGGCAGACGAGUGGGGGAAAGUGCUCAAGAUGCUCGACCCGUCAAUCAUCCUCGUCGCGUGCGGAUUCGACGGCCUGCACACUUGGGAGUACACCGUCACCCAGAAGCUCAUCAACGUCUGCGACAUGUACUCGAUCCACCAGUACACCUGCAACUACGACCACAUCCAGAACGUAUCCUGCACCGCCGCCGCCGAGCGCGCGAUCCAGAUCGUGGCGAAACUGAUCGACCUCUCGCGCAUCACAAACCAGGCCUCGAAGCGCACGAUGAAGAUCGCGAUGGACGAGUGGAACGUGUGGGACUACAAGCGCGCCAACGGCGAGAACGGCGCAGAGGAGCACUACGAUCUCUCGGACGCGCUCGCGGUCGCGGCCUGGGGAAACGUGUUUGUCCGGCAGGCUGCGCAUCUGGGGAUGGCGAAUCUGGCGCAGUGCGUGAAUGUAAUCGCGCCGAUUAUGGCGCGGCCGGACGGCAUCUUCUUGCAGACGACGUAUCAUACCUGGAAGUUGCUGUCGCAUUACAUGCGCGGAAAGUCGCUGGCUCUGCAUGUAGGCAGCCCGAUGUACGAGGGUCCGCUCGACAACACGCACGGCGAUAUUCCAUGGCUUCAGGAUAUCGAGAGCGGUAUCCCGAUGCUGGACGUGAGCGCUGCGCUGAACGACAAGAAAAUCUACCUGUCGGUCGUGAAUCGAUCAGAGACGGAGGCGAUCAAGACGAGGAUUAAUCUACUGGGGGAGUAUGAGGAGAAAGUGCAUGUGUGGUCGGUCUACCACGAGGAUGUGCGUGCGAAAAACAGUUUUGAGAAUCCGACGAAUGUGGGGAUUGAGGAGUGGGAGUAUGGACUGGGAGAGGUGAAGGAGGGGGUAGUCUUUCGGGAGCACAGCUACACGCUUCUGGAGUUGCGUCUGAAGUAG